UACGUGGAAUCAGAAACCAACCAGAAAAUAUAUUCAAUAGUGUUCAAACAAUGAUGACAACUGAUGAGAAGUCCAUGGCUUGAUGCCUGGCAAAACCAUGGAAACCACCUCGUAAAUUCCAUGUUAAUGUCAACGAUAUUCGUUGCGCAGAAAAAAUAUUUCUCAAGGAUAUUCUUCCUCCACUGAUCAUAUAAUAUUAUUCACCUGUAUAUAUUCAUCUUUCUGAAGUUCAUCACAACAUUCCUUUUCACCCCUUUCCUUCCCUGAUUGUUUGCCUACUUCUGUGCUUAUUCAAGUUCAUACACUUAACAACCAUGUAUAAAGUUGCUAGUCCGUCCGAGUUUUUGGUGAUAACCGGGGUUGGUAUCUCAGAUAUUAAGCUAGCCAAAAAGGGAUGGAUCCUUCCCGGCCAGUCAUGUACUGUCUUCGACGUUUCACCGGUCAACUACACCUUCGAAGUCCAAGCCAUGAGUGCAGAGAAGCUCCCUUUUGUUCUUCCUGCUGUCUUCACUAUUGGCCCUCGUGUGGAUGACGACCAAAGCCUCUUUAAAUAUGCAAAGCUCAUCUCUCGACAUGACAAGCUCUCUAACCAUGUUAAAGAGCUUGUUCAGGGUAUCAUUGAGGGUGAAACCAGAGUACUUGCUGCUUCCAUGACCAUGGAAGAGGUUUUCAAAGGAACUAAAGAGUUUAAACAGGAAGUUUUUGAGAAAGUCCAGCUUGAACUUAAUCAGUUUGGAUUGUUAAUAUAUAAUGCUAAUGUUAAACAACUUGUCGAUGUUCCUGGGCACGAGUACUUCUCUUACUUGGGUCAAAAGACUCAAAUGGAGGCUGCAAAUCAAGCCAGAGUUGAUGUAUCAGAAGCGAAAAUGAAGGGAGAGGUAGGAUCAAAGCAAAGGGAGGGUCAAACUCUGCAAAAUGCGGCGAGAAUCGAUGCUGAAACGAAGAUUAUUGCGACGCAAAGGCAAGGAGAUGGGAAGAAGGAGGAGAUAAAGGUGAAGACUGAGGUUAAGAUUUAUGAGAACCAUAGAGAAGCAGAGGUGGCAGAGGCCAAUGCUGAUUUGGCAAAGAAGAGGGCUGGUUGGUCCAAAGAAGCGCAGGUGGCAGAGGUGGAAGCAACAAAGGCCGUGUCCCUGAGGGAGGCUGAGUUGCAAAGGGAGGUGGAGAGAAUGAAUGCUUUGACCAGAACUGAAAAGCUCAAGGCUGAGUUUCUGAGCCAGGCUAGCGUGGAGUACGAAACCAAGGUUCAAGAAGCAAACUGGGAGCUGUAUAAGAAACAGAAAGCAGCAGAAGCAAUUCUCUAUGAAAAGCAGAAAGAUGCUGAUGCACAAAAAGCAACAGCAGAUGCAACAUUUUAUUCUCGCCAACAAGUUGCUGACGGGGAGCUAUAUGCAAAGCAAAAGGAAGCUGAAGGACUCGUAGCACUUGCACAGGCACAGGGAGUCUAUUUACGCACCCUUCUGGACGCAUUAGGCGGCAAUUAUGCAGCAUUGAGAGAUUACUUAAUGAUCAACAGCGGAAUGUUUCAAGAGAUUGCUAGGAUUAACGCGGAUGCAGUUCAUGGGUUGCAGCCUAAAAUCAGCAUCUGGACUAAUGGAAACAGCGGCGAGGCUAACGAUGGAGCUGGGGGAGGCAAUGCAAUGAAGGAGGUUGCUGGGGUUUACAAGAUGUUACCACCCUUGUUUAAGACUGUUCAAGACCAGACUGGAAUGCUACCACCGGCAUGGAUGGGCACAUUGACAGACUCUAGCCACUCUAAUGUGAACUGAAUCAUGGUGAUCUUGUGGUUUUGUUGCUCGAGUUUGCUGAUAUGAACACUCCCUGUGGUCUCCCGUUUGAUUGUGCGUGUGCGUGUGCGUGUGUUCUUUUUUUCUUGUAUCGCAAAUAAUUUCGUAAUAAUAAGAUGAACGUAACACUCAUAAUUCCUAUAUCUUCUUCGAAGAUCAAGCCUGGUUUAAAUGUAAACACAAGUUAUAAAUUGGUGGAAGGGGAGAAGAUCUUGAAUUAUCAAA